UCCACCUCACGAACCCUCUCGCUCCCCCCACCCGCCCGCGGAGAUGGAUGAUUCGGAGAACAACGCGCCGUCGACGCCCGGGUCGCCGGGGUUCAGCACCGACAGGCUGCCGCCCAACACCACCACCAGCCGCGGCGCCACCGACCCGUCCUCCUACUCGGACGACGACGGCGACGACGACGUCGCCGGCGCCGAGGAGGCCGAGGUCGACCCCAACGUGCUCCCCGAGGACGACGGCCUCGCCGACGCCGUCGCUGCCGAGGAGGAGGAGGACGGCGAGGACCUCUUCAACGACAACUACCUCGAUGAUUACCGGAGGAUGGAUGAGCAGGACCAGUAUGAAUCAGUUGGGUUAGAUGACUCCAUAGAGGAUGAAAGGAACCUGGAUGAGAUCAUGGCAGAUAGAAGGGCUGCUGAAGCAGAACUUGAUGCAAGGGAUGUGAGGACUGGUGCGACUGCUGAUAGAAAAUUGCCACGGAUGCUACAUGAUCAAGACACAGAUGAGGAUAUGAGCUUCAGGCGUCCUAAAAGGCACAGAGCUAACUUUAGACCACCAAGGGAACCAAGAACACCAAGAAGUGAUGAUGAUGGUGAUGGUGCCACACCUAGUUCACCUGGAAGAUCUCAACGUGGAAUGUAUUCUGGAGGGGAUGUACCUAUGACUGACCAGACAGAUGAUGAUCCAUAUGAGGAUGAGUUUGAUGAAGAAGAUGAGAUGAACAUGUACCGUGUACAAGGAACUCUUAGAGAGUGGGUCACAAGAGAUGAAGUCCGACGCUUCAUCGCAAAGAAGUUUAAAGAGUUCCUUCUAACAUAUGUAAACCCUAAGAAUGAACAAGGAGAGUUUGAGUAUGUUCGACUAAUAAAUGAGAUGGUUUUAGCUAACAAAUGCAGUUUAGAGAUAGACUACAAGCAAUUUAUUUAUAUACAUCCAAACAUUGCUAUCUGGUUGGCUGAUGCACCCCAAUCGGUGCUAGAAGUCAUGGAGGAAGUUGCCAAAAACGUUGUUUUUGAUCUCCAUAAGAACUAUAGGAACAUCCAUCAAAAAAUAUAUGUCCGAAUAACCAAUCUUCCUGUCUACGAUCAAAUACGCAAUAUCAGGCAAAUCCAUCUCAACACAAUGGUUCGAAUUGGUGGUGUUGUUACUCGGAGAUCAGGUGUUUUUCCUCAGCUGCAACAGGUCAAGUAUGACUGCAGCAAAUGCGGGACCGUUCUGGGGCCCUUCUUCCAGAACUCCUACACCGAAGUCAAGGUUGGAUCCUGCCCUGAGUGCCAGUCCAAAGGGCCAUUCACCAUCAAUGUUGAGCAAACCAUAUAUAGGAACUACCAGAAACUCACUCUUCAGGAAAGUCCAGGAAUUGUUCCUGCUGGCAGGCUUCCCAGAUACAAGGAAGUGAUACUUCUGAAUGAUUUGAUUGACUGCGCUCGGCCAGGAGAGGAAAUUGAGGUCACUGGGAUAUACACCAACAAUUUUGACUUGUCUCUGAAUACAAAGAAUGGUUUCCCAGUAUUUGCUACAGUGGUGGAGGCAAACUAUGUGGCUAAAAAACAGGAUCUGUUCUCUGCGUACAAGUUAACUGAUGAGGACAAAGCAGAGAUCGAGAAGUUGGCAAAAGAUCCGAGGAUCGGUGAAAGGAUUGUCAAAUCAAUUGCACCAUCCAUUUAUGGUCAUGAAGAUAUCAAGACUGCCAUUGCACUAGCUAUGUUUGGGGGACAAGAGAAGAAUGUCAAGGGAAAGCAUCGGUUAAGAGGAGAUAUCAAUGUGCUCCUUUUAGGUGAUCCAGGCACUGCGAAAUCCCAAUUUCUCAAGUAUGUUGAGAAAACGGGACACAGAGCGGUAUACACAACUGGCAAAGGAGCUUCUGCUGUUGGACUUACCGCAGCAGUUCACAAGGAUCCAGUAACACGUGAAUGGACGCUUGAGGGAGGUGCACUAGUUCUUGCUGAUAGAGGCAUAUGCCUUAUUGAUGAAUUCGAUAAGAUGAACGAUCAAGAUAGGGUGAGUAUUCAUGAGGCCAUGGAGCAACAAAGUAUCAGUAUAUCAAAGGCAGGAAUUGUCACAUCUCUUCAAGCUCGGUGUAGUGUUAUUGCUGCAGCAAACCCAAUAGGAGGAAGAUAUGAUUCAUCAAAGACAUUCACUCAGAAUGUUGAGCUGACGGAUCCAAUUAUUUCACGUUUUGAUGUCCUUUGUGUUGUGAAGGAUAUUGUUGACCCAUUUACAGAUGAAAUGCUUGCAAGGUUUGUUGUAGACAGUCAUGCAAGAUCUCAACCCAAGGGUGCUAACCUUGAAGAUAGGGUUGCAACUGAUGUUGAGGAUGAUCCAUUGGCUGCUGCCAGACAAGCUGAUCCAGAUAUCCUUUCUCAAGACAUGCUGAAGAAGUACAUAACUUAUGCCAAGUUGAACGUGUUUCCCAAAAUUCAUGAUGCUGACCUGGACAAGAUUAGCCAUGUUUACGCUGAGCUUCGACGCGAGUCAUCUCAUGGUCAAGGAGUCCCUAUUGCUGUAAGGCAUAUUGAGUCUAUUAUUAGGAUGUCAGAGGCGCAUGCAAGGAUGCAUUUGAGGAGCUACGUUUCCCAGGAAGAUGUUGACAUGGCUAUCCGUGUCUUGCUUGACUCCUUUAUCUCAACCCAGAAGUUUGGUGUCCAAAAGGCACUUCAAAAGAACUUCAGGAAAUACAUGACGUACAAGAAGGAUUACAACGAGUUGCUCCUGCUUCUUCUGCGCACGCUGGUGAAGGAUGUGCUGCAUUUCGAAGAAAUCGUGUCGGGGCCAACGUCGCGCCUGACUCACAUCGAGGUUAAGGUGGAUGACCUGAAGAACAAGGCCCAGGAGUAUGAAAUCUAUGACCUGAGGCCGUUCUUCUCCAGCGCCCACUUCAGGGACAACAACUUCGUCCUGGACGAAGGGCGUGGGAUCAUCAGGCACCCGCUUGCAGCCUAACCACAGAUCACCACCACCAUCAUCAUCAUGUAUGACCUUCUGACGAUGAACAGUUUGAGCUACCUCCUUGGAUGAAAAAGUGAAGGAUUUAACAGGCAUAGUGUAAUCCACAAAAAUUGCUGCCUCUGUGUGCAUUUUACAGACUGGUUCAUGCUGUUCAGCAGCAUCUAGGUGCAGUGCUGUGCACCAUGUGUACUUUCUUAGCAUCCUAAUUCUGCAAAGUAUUCUGGAGUGAUGGGAGUGUGUUUAUGAAUAUAAAGAUCAUUUGCCCUUUUUGUUUCUUCUCUGAUGAAGCUAUCUAUGCUUUUCUCAUGGUGGACAGCUUCAGUAAAACGAAUCCCUUGAUUAAUAUGCUAUUAAAAUCCACAAUUCCCACAUGAGA